GUGUUGGUUACAGAGUUGCGAACAGAAUAUGGCGUCAUUUAACGAACCAGGAAACUAUCGCAACCCUUCAACACUUCAAAAGUUGUCAAGAAACAACUCCUUUUAUAAUAAUACUGAUAGUGGAGGAGAACAAUUGGAAAAUAGAAGAGAAGGCGAGGGUUUAGAAAACUCCCCUUGCGUCCCUGUUUCAGAUAUUGUCAUCGAAAAGUUAAGACAACAUGUAAAACAGCUCGAAGCAAAGUUACAGGUAGCGUACAUGGAGAUUGAGAGGCUAAAACUGCAAAGCAACCCCAACGUUAUGAAGAUAGAAAGUAACGCGCAAGAAAAGAGCGACACAGAAGGCAGUCCCGUAGAUUUACCUUAUUACGCUUUCUACUCUCACGCAACACCUGUAACAGUACAGCAGGAUGAAAUUAGCACAAAGGAAGUUGGAAACUUGGAGGUAAAAGUAGGUGGCGUUAGUAAUAAGGGUACGCCGAACUCUUCUAGAACCAAAACCUCACGUUACUGGAGUUGUGAGGAACACUCGAGGUUUUUGGAGGGCUUGGAAUUAUAUGGCGCCAAAGAUAUCAAGGCCAUAUCUAAUUAUGUAGGAACGAGGAGUUCAACUCAAGUGCGAACCCACGCCCAAAAGUAUUAUUUGAGGUUAGCUAGAGAGCUUUUAAGAAAGCAGUCACUCGGAAACGAAGUUGGAAAAGGCAAAAUGAUAGAUAAGGUAGAUGAUGUGGAACGUUUAGAUGCUGACCCAGGUGGCUCUGGGUCAAGUGACUUUUCUGUCGAUGAAUUGGGUUAUGACUCACUUUCAGGUUUGAAAAUUCCAAAAGCUGCUCUUGAAAUUGCCAAACAGGAAGCACGAAGACUUGGAAGCAAAGGCAUGGGAAUAUGGAAGAAAGGUUCUAUGGGUAAAAACACAGACGGGGACUCUUUGGGUUGCAACUCAUACGUGAACUCUCCUGUAUUCAGUGAAGGAUAUUCAGGCUCCAAUGUUGAUUGGGACGAUUCCGAGAAUGGCAAUCUUGGUAAGGUUACUACAUCAAAAAGAAGUAGAGCGGUUGAAGAUGUAUCAAAUUGCUCGAAUGUGCGUGCGAAACAUAGUAGUUAUAGUAUGGACACUCAUCAAGAACAGAAUGAGUUGGAUAGAAAUGAAGCAGAGAGAAGUUCUCAUUCUGAAGAACUGACAAACUUGAAGAGACCGUUUUCCUUAUCGGAAGAUUUGACUUGGCAUUCCGAGAGAGAUAGGAAAGGGGAAGAAGGACUCGUCUUUUUUCAAGAUAGCUUGGUAGAUAUAGAGCAACAACGACUACCAACUUUCGGGCAGUUUGAUGAGCAUCCCGUAAAUGUCGUUCCGCCAAAGUCUACGAACCCAUUUUUCUCGAAUGCAUUGCCAAGACUAGAAAGAGAUGAACCUAACUUUUGGGUAUUUUCUCAACAUUAUCAUGCUGCUUCUUCACAUAGUGAGGCGCAGGCUUUUGGUCUUUACAACGUGUCUCUUGAUGACGAACGAAACAUGUAUCGAUCGAGUGAUUCUCGUUGUUCCGACGAUGUAAAGAAAGUUGAAUUCAAUAAUAGCAAUUUUUUUUUUGAAAGCAAAUUACCAUUUCCUUUUCAUUCGGAAUCUUUUUCUAGCUUUCAGGGCGCGACGGAAGCAGAAAGGAUUGACAUGGAACAGAGCUUUGGGUAUACCCGGACGCCAUCUUUUCCAAAAAUACUUUCCAAGCCAUUCUUAUCGGCAUCCUUUUCGAGUUUAGGAGAAUUGGAGGACACGCAUAACCUGGAACAAACAAUGUUUGGAGCCAGCUCUGCGGAAGAAAUCCGUGAGUAACUUUACGAAAUGUGGUUCGAAUGGUUUUUUGUGCAGGUUCCUCUUCAAUGUAUGAUGUUUGUAUAUUGUAUUUGACUAAAAUGAUGUGAUAAUGUACCGGCAGUUGUGUGUCGUGCCAAUAAACAAAUUGUGGCGUUUUCAAGCAUGCGACAA